CCUCCCCAAGACGAAGCUACGAAUAGAGUAAUUUCGCCCGAGAUGUCGACGAAAGUAGGCCUGAUACUACAUGUUCUUCCACGGAAUUGCCUGCAUACAUUUCGGUUCCAGUCCAUUAAGUCGCUGGACGCCACACUCAUGGGAAAGAUCGAUGAGUAUCAGUCACAAUCCUUGCAGUAUAUACAUGUCACAUUCGGGUAUUCCUACGUCUAGGAAAAUUUCACCAACCUGCGGACCGUUGAUCUCUACAUUCCUAAAAUGAGUAGAGGGUCAGCCGUCCUGACGUAUCAAAGAGUGUUUCAGUUGCCUGGGCUCGAACGCCUGAGCCUUGCGAAUUCGCGAUACCACGACUCAGGUCCAUCCUUGGAGGUUGCACUGCAAUCUAUGGAUCAGAAGUCUGCCCAACUCGACCAGCUGAGAUCGCUCUCGUUAUCUCACUUUGUCCUUCCGGAACUUACAAAGCCGUUGUUGAAUAUGUUGGGCAUUUCCUUGCUCACUGAACUCACCCUGUGGAGGUGCGAGGAAACGAACGUCUUCCUCCGCGCGGUGGCUGAGACCCUCAAAGGGACAGAGCUGAACUUGAAGCAUUUCGCCGUGGCCCUCCGUUUCCUUGAGGAAGAGGAAGACAUCGACCAGCCUUUAGACAAAAUUCUCUCAUCAUGUUCCAAACUCGAGAGCUUGUGUCUGGAAUGGAGUGCCGGUCCAGGACAUGAGCAACUCCGAGCGCCCCUCUUUGCGAAGAUCUCCAAGCUUGGCCAGAGCCUCCGUGUACUCUCUCUCCACUGUAGCGCUUCUGAGGAUCUGCGGCGGUUUCCAUCUUCGGAUACUUUGACACACCAAGAGUUGAAAACUCUCUGCUCGUCAUGUCCGCAUUUAGAGCAACUGGGUAUUGAACUCAUAGACGGGAGCCUCGACGAGCCCGACGACCUCACCCUAUUCAUGGGUGCGCUGGCUGAUCUGCCCCAGCUCAAGAUACUCCACCUGCGCCAAGGCUUCGGAGAGCCACUUCAUGAAGGAAACAUCCACGUCUCCAAAAAAGACAUGACCUACAAGCUGCAGCGCCUCGCGAAUAAUCUGUUCGACUUUUCAUCCCUCCUCUCGCCCAAUCCGUCACUUGAAGCGUUGGUCAUCGGCCAGGAUAGGCGCUUGAGUCUACAAGGAGAGGUGCAGGGCUUCACCGAUUACACGUCCAGGCACUGCUUCAUUAGGAGAGAGCAAAAAGACAUCCUAGGAAGAACGGCUGCUAUUGGUGUUCCUGUACCGUCCUACAUCUUGCGGUAUGAGAAGGAUUACGCUGGAAUCAUGGACUGGCAUUUCAACUGGUGGUGCGAACCUUGUUUCUUCAUGCCACGGCUUCCUGGUCGCUUUCACGACGACUAGGCGGUUUCUGAAGCCGUGGCAUAUCAAAGGGGAAUCGCGAGCUGCUUGACAAACAGCG